AUGACCAGGAAGGUGUUUACCAACACACGUGAGCGCUGGCGCCAGCACAACGUCAACAGCGCCUUCUCUGAGCUACGCAAGCUCAUCCCCACGCACCCGCCCGAAAAGAAGCUCAGCAAGAAUGAGAUCCUGCGGCUGGCCAUGCGCUACAUCGACUUCCUGGCGCGCCUGCUGGAGAGCCAAGGCGGCGUCUGCAGCGGCGGGGGGCGAGUCGACCACGCCCCCGCCGCCCUACUCACGCUCCUGCGGGGCAACAUGGAGCAGCUCCGCUCGCCCUCCCGCCCAUGGACGCUGGCCAGCGACACCGAGGCCCCCUCCUCACCUGGGUCCAGCUGCAGCAGCUCGGAACCCUGGUAG